CCCCGGGAUAGAGAAAAACACACCAAGAAACAAGGUGGCCCCAUAGAGAGGGUGGCCCCAUAGAGAGGGUGGCCCCGGCCGGCUGGCGGGGUGGAGUCAGCAGCAGCAGCAGCAGCAGCUUCAGGGCGUGAGCUCAGCACUUUGAUUUCUGUACCUCCCUAUUCCGGUAUCGGAGAGACUUUUAUCUGAGGAACGUGGAAUGAAAACAGACAACAUAUAGCAAUAGUUCCUACACGCUGCAUCGCUUUAUAUCGAUAGAAGAGCAAAUAUACGAAAGCAUGGGGGUCUACGAGGAGAAAAAGGAAACAUGUGGAACCAUCUGCCUGAAAUACCUCCUGUUUAGUUUCAACUUUCUCUUUUGGGUAAGUUUCCAUUCUGGCGUAGUAAACCCUGCACAAGGGAUUCAAGUAGCGGCCUAUGGUAGCCAGCAGGGACAAACUUUGACGACUGGUAGUGAGCGUCACCCAUCUCUCUACCCUGACGUGAUCUCUUACCACUCGCAGGAGCCUCCUCUGCUCCUUGAAGGUGGCACAGCAGCCCAGCACGCCUGUUACCAUGACGAUGGCUCCAGCGAGGACCAGUAUGUAGGCGGAGGCAGCGUAGGUCUUGGAAGAGAGAAGGCUGAUGUAGUCGCUCUUCUCAACCAAGGUCCAAACACCCACCGCCAUCACAACGCCGCCUGCCACCUGGGAGAAGAGCACAUGAUAAGAUACUUUGUCCUGCUGCUGUGUAUCUUCCUGUUGGAGAUCCUGGCUGGCGUCCUGGCUUAUAUCUACUACCAGCAGUUGAAUGAGGAGCUGAAGCAGAACCUGAGGGAGACCAUGACCCAGAAGUAUCAACAGAGCAGCCAUGAGCACAUCACCAGGGCUGUGGACAAGCUGCAGGAGGAGUUCAAGUGCUGUGGCAGCAACAGUUCAUCCGACUGGGAGGCGAGCGUCUGGAUUCGCUCCAUCUACGCAAAAGGCAGGAAGGUGCCCGACAGCUGCUGCAAGUCGCCCACCGAGCUCUGCGGCCUCAGGGACCACCCAUCCAACAUCUACAAGGUGGAGGGUGGCUGCAUCACCAAACUGGAGAAAUUCAUCCAGGACCAUCUGAAGAUCAUCGGAGCGGUGGGUGUUGGGAUCGCCUGCGUACAGGUCAUAGGGAUGGUGUUUACGUGCUGCCUAUAUCGAAGUCUAAAGGCAGAGCCGUACUAGGAGAAGCAGAAGUGGAAGAACAGUGUGGAGGAGGGAGGUAACUUCAUCGCCACAUGCCAUACCCAAAUAGCCCAUAGGUUCUUUUUCUUUGCUUUGCAAAUUUGGCAAGCGAUCACAUUUCACAUCUGAGGAUCACAUUUUGAUAAACAAAGGGUGGAAAACACCCCAAGGUUUCUUGAAGUAAUUAGGCUCUCAAAUUGCAGUCUCAGCUCCAUCUUCAAGAUCACAGCGCUGCGAGAAAAA